CUUCAACCCAACAAUUACAGGUAAUAACAAUAAUAUUAAUAUUAAUAUUAUUUCUCUCUAAAAUCCCUUCGAAUAUGCUCUCCUCAAACCUCCGAUCAACCCUUUAGGGCGGUUUAAUACUUAAUUUAGGGAUUUUGCGUUUCGACGAUUCGAAUUUGUGGCUUGAUUGAGCUCUGAAGGUUGUUGAUGAUCAAAUUUGAAAAGGAUUUAUUUGCCGCCGACCGUUAAACAUCAUGGGGCAACAAAAUGUAUUGUACACUUGUCCAAUGCUUGAUGUGGGACCACAACGUCAUCCCGAACCUUGUUUGGUAUCUUAUGGUGGGGUCACAUGUUUUCCGCAGCCAUAUAAUAGUCACACAAUCUUACCACCUCCUGGACGAAGAACUACUUUUGACCCACCUUACCUACCUGAAAAUCACGGGCAGCUUCCCUACAUCAUGAUGCCCUCGCCUAGUGCCGGUGUUUUUUCAGUUCCAAUGAAUCAUGAUCAUUUACCUUUUCCAAACAAUCAUCAAAUAUAUGAAAGGGCCAGAAGUCUUUAUAUGGAUGGACCUAAUUGUGUGUUUAAAAGAUCUGGUUCUUCGGUUCCCACUGAUGUUAUGGGGUUUGACUUUGACCCGAUGGUGGCUCAUAACAGUAGCCAUGUGGUUCAUGGUGGUCAACUAGUACAUGCGGUACCUACUCCUUGGUUGGACCCUCAUAGUGCUACUGGCGUUUUUUCGUGGAAUCGCGCUCAUGGUGGGCCCUAUUUGCAAGAUAUGGCUCUUCAUGGAUAUCAAGGUGCAGCCAUGAGUAGAAACUCACCAGCUUUCAUGCAACCUCCUCCUAUGAGACCUCGUCAUGGUCCCCACAACGUUUAUCAUCCACCACCGCUGCCGCCUAUGGCGGCACUACAACCACAAAACAUGGACAGUCAGUUGCAACUACCAUCAACUUCACAUAGGCAUAUGACAAGCACCUCCUCCACAUAUCCUUUUCAGAACGAUGCGGAUCCCGGGCCUAGGUUUGUGAGUCCAACAAUGCCACAUGGCGUAAUGGUAUAUGAGGCUCGUCGACAACCCUUGAUGAUCGAUUCAAUUUCAGCACAUUAUUUUCCCCAUCUCAGAUUUCUUCCCGUAGAUGAGCAAGGUGGACAGUUUGGCAACAAGGAUUUAGGUUUGUCGGAUGAUUUUAUUUCAGAUCAUGGAAAAGUAAGAAUCUUUACCUCAUCCAAAUCUUCACCUGCUGAUGAAGAAGCUAAUUUCUGUGUAAUUUGUCAGAUGGAUUUUGAAGAUCAAGAAAGAAUCAGGGUGCUAGAUUGUCGCCACGAGUACCAUGUAGAAUGCAUCAGUAAGUGGUUCAAUGUGAAGAGGAACUGCCCGAUUUGCAAAUCCAUAGCACUUUACUAAACAUAGGGUGCUUUCUCUCUCUCUCUCUCUUAUAAGUUAUGGUAAUUAUCAGACUAAAAUGUCUAUUGUCGUUUUGGAGGUGAAACUGUUAAUAACCGCCUAAAAGUGGUCUUUUAGUUGGCUUAAUCUCGUCCGGAACCUUUUUGUAUAGACCUUUUAAAGCUGCCUGAUUCACUCAAGUGGAGUGAUUGAUGUAUUUAACCAUAUGGGGUUAGCAUGUUUUUAUGCGUUUUGGUACAUAUAAAUUGAGGAUGAUUUGGAUGCUGGUGAUUUUGUAUAUAUGGUUAGUUUAGAUGAA